AACAGGAAGUUGGAUAAUUAUUGGAGUUAUUUGCGACGAAGCAGUACUUAAAAUUUUUAUUGACUGUCAUAUUUUACCCUGUAAUUUAAGCUUAUCUUGUUAUCUCAUGAUUGGACUGUAGGAGUUUUAAGUGCAUUGCUUUUGAGUGAUUUUUCGUGUUAUUUACUACAGUAGAGUUGAUCCACGCUGCAGGAAUAUGGAGCUGAAAGAUGUGGAAAAGUGCUGCUGUGUGAUUAAAGUUUCUGGGACACCAGGGAGCAAACCCGUCAGCUGCAGUGGAGUAAUCCUCCACCCUCGGUCUGGUACUGUCUUAUGCACCGGCCUCCCGUUUUGCCGGUUUGUUACCGACAGAGAGCUCCUCUCCUCAGACGCCGAGGUCCUGCUUCCCCGCAGCUUCAGCGACAAACUAAAAAUCCGCGUCUGCUUGUCAGGUUCCAGAAGGAGCGAGCCGUCCCGUCAGCGGGAGGUUUCAGGCGAGCUGCUGAUGCUGCUGAACUGCGUGGAGUUCAAACAUACCUUCAUGGGAGUUUUCCAGGAGACAGACCAGUGGCGUUUCCAUGGUGAUGAUGAGGAUGCUGAGCUGAUCAGAGAUGCCCAGUCCCUCAGCUGGUUUGCAGUCCUCAGGGCGGGUGUGGUGGUGAACAACAAUACAGACACGGAAAGUACCCCCUGGCAGAGCAGCUCGUCUCUGCAGAAAGGCUGCCCGGUUGUUGCAUGCGGCUCUCCUUUUGGCUCCCUCUGCUUAGACCUCUUCAUCGGCACCCUCAGCCGAGGGAUUGUCAGCAACCUGGCUGGAGAAGACAAUGCUGUCAUCCUCACAGACGCUCGCUGCCUACCCGGCACAGAGGGUGGAGGCUUGUUUGUGGUGGAGGCCACAGACAGUGUCCGUCUCAUCGGUGUGAUUGUUUCUCCAUUUGGCUGGAAGUCAAAUGAGUGGAUAGGCCUCACUUUGGUCUGCUCUGUUGACAUGAUCUUCAGGAGCGUCAUCCGUUGCACAGGGGUCCGAGAUCCGCUUCGUGGGGUUUGGGAACAAAAAGAAGAGGCAGAUCUCUGCAUGUCCAGAACAGCUCAGGGGUCAGAAGCUGUUAGACUCCCCACUGUGUGCUUUGUGGACAGUGGACAAGCCUGGGGCUCAGGAGUUGCUGUCAGCGCUGGGCUGGUGGUAACUUGCCGGCAUGUAGUCGGUGGGAAGUCUUCGGUCAGCCUGAAGUUUUAUCAAGAUGGCAGAGUCCGAGAUGCUGUGGGCGAUGUUUUGUUCUCCACUAAACCAUCUUCACCAUAUGAUUUGGCUUUAAUUGAGCUUAGAGUCCCUGUCCCAGAAGCUGUGAUCCCCAGAAUGUCAAAAGGUUUUCACCUAGGUGAAGCUGUGGUUGUAGUGGGAUACGGCGGGCUGGGCCGAGUCUGCGGUCCAUCCCUGACAUCUGGUGUCCUUUCCAAGGCCAUCAGCUUGAAUGGCCAGCCUGUCAUGCUUCAGACCACAUGCGCAGUACAAGCUGGAGCCAGCGGGGGCGCUGUGGUGCAGAAACAGUCGGGAGAGCUGCUUGGGAUCGUGUCGAGCAAUGCGCGAGACCUGGCCGCGAGCGUAACAUAUCCGCACCUCAACUUCAUCAUCCCAGUGCCUGUUUUCCAGAGACCGCUGCAGGAGUUUCAAAAGGCAAGAAAUGUCGACGUGUUCAGUGUGCUGAACGCUACAGAGAGGGACGUGAGACGGGUGUGGAGGCUGCAAGGUGCACAAAGCAAACUCUGACCUGCGAUUCAUAAACUUUGAGAGGUGAUGGAUUCCCCUUAAAUUCUUUGAAACAGACAUUGAUAUACAUAAAAAGGCAUUAUUUCCACUAAAUCCUCACAGAAUCAUUAGAAUAUUAGAAAGAUGACGCUAAUAUAUUGAAAUAUAUUAUUUUAUUCAAUUUGACAAUAAACCUUCCUGUAUUUUACUGAGCUUACGGUUGCACGCACUUUCUAAAUGAUCCCUAUUAUAACUGUAUUAUACAGUUUUGCACAUCUUUAUCAAGGAUACCACAUUUAUUGACAUCCCUGAUAAAGAUGUGUUAAAGCCCUAAAUUAAAUAUUUCCUUUAGUGCAGUACCCUAAUCUCAUAAGAGAACAUCUAGAAAUAAGCCUUUAAUCUGAAUAUAUUUAAUCAUCAAAGGAAAAGAAAUCCUGUCAUAAUUUUAAUUACGCAUACCUUUGAACCAUGCGGCUGUAAAUAGGUGCAAUAAGUUAGAAGAACCUGCAAUUGAUCCCCUCUUAUUCUACAGUUACAGCAUCAAGGGUACUAUUUUUGGAAGCAUUUGUGAGGAUUUAAAUCUGCUUCUGGUGCAUGGGGUUUAUUUUUUAUUUUUUAUAAGCAAGAGGAAGGUUCAGCAUAACAAGCUGGCAGGUUGCAGAAAAUGAUUGGUCCCUCUGGGUAGCUCGAGACGUCUGCUGUGUGUACAUAUCAGGUAUUCAGACAUCUGUUGGCAGGAACAUUCACUCACAUCGGAGGUUUCGCCCGAUGGGACGUUACCGGUGCUGAUUUCCAUUAUCACAGAAAUAUGAAACUGUGAGAUGACAUUUCCAAAGACUGGUUACUGUCAGUUUUCACAAUGCAAUGGCAGACGUUCCUGGCGUGAACUCUCGAAGACAAGGAGCGUUGCAUACCAAAGGGGUUUCUGUUUCGCUGUUCCCAGAGUAAAUCGUUAACAGAGGAGAGGCUUAAGCAGUGUCCUGAGGAAACACAUUUUUCUGUAGGUGUUGUGCUUUAAGAGCUGCUCACAUGCAGACCGAGGUCUAUAUCCAAUUUCUACUGGUUUCCCUACAAGCCACGUUUCACACAACGAGGGAAGGCAUAAGGAACGUAAGCCGGCAACCACAUUGUGUCAACACAAUCCGCUUCACAGCGAACAGGUCACACAAAGAGGAGAUUUAGAGAUUUGCGCUGGUGAUUUUUCAAAUUGAGCUUCAAGAGGGGGCACUACGUGACAUAUUGUGGGAGAUAUUCUCGACUUUCAUGUCACUAGAAUAAUCUUAUCUGAGCAACAUUCCUGAAAAAGAUUUGCUCCUCUGAAAUAUUCCUGAACUGAGCCAGAAUAAUACCAUUCGUAAAAGUAGCAGAAUUCGGUACGUUUAGUAGAUUAAAGCAAACAAACGGGUCAAAAAUCUAAUUAUACUUUCAAUUGUAAAAUGUAACCUGAGUAACAGUCUCACAUUGUUUAGGCUUCUUGCUAUGACUACCAGAUGUUGUAUGCGUUGUGCUAUUCCAAACUAGGCAUAAUGAAGCUGCCUGAGAGCAACUGCUUUAAAUGAGCUAUUUGUUUUCAUAUUAUUAUACUUCAAGAGGGUACCAUAAUUUUAUUGUUAAAAUUGUAUCUUAUCUCCUCCUCUGAACUAAACCUAUUCUGCAACUGUCUAGUCUGAGCCCUUAACCUAUUUAAAUCUUGUUUAGCCCAUUUUCUUCUGCUUGAUUACUGUUUAUACUGAUGUGAUGAGAUUACAUGUAAAGUUCCCUCACGUUUGGAGCAGUUUGUGCACACAGCUUAAAAUAAGAUGUCGAGAAUGAUCAGUGUGAAAUGAAUGGUUGUUAUGGAAACCUGGUGACCUUAAGAUGCCACUCUUUGCUGCAGUUUUUUUUAUUUUUUAUCAGCAAGCCUCAGAUUCAUUUUGCCCUCCAUCACCAUCCUUUUCUUGGGGGGACAGAUAAAAGUGGGAGCCUUGGUAGUUUUAAACAUUUUAAUUGUAUGGGAAUAAACAUAAACAUGAAAACAGGCAGAUCAUAGCCUGCUAAAUAUAGUUUUAAAACUGAAUUACUUUUUUAAGAGAGAUAAGUGGAGCUCAUUUGGUUUCCAACCCAUGACUACGUUUUCCACAAGCAGAAAUGUUUAGAGGAAAAGUGUGGUAACUGUCUUUCUGUCAGCUGAUAUGAAGUGUGGAGCAACAAUUGUGGCUCUAUUCUGGCUCUAUUCACUGUCAUGCUGCCAGUGAAUAGAGCCAGUAACUUGCUCUACCAUUUUUGCAACAAUAACUUUUUAAAACAUUUGUGCUUGAUAAAUUGAACUACCCUAA